CAGUCAGGUGCGGUCCGGUGACGCUGUCAACUCCCGGUCAUGUGCUAAAACUGCUCUAGUCAGGUGGUGGGUGAGUCGCCGGUGACGUAUUCCGGAAGCUUUCUGCUGCACGCGGAAGUGAGAGAGAACCGGAGGGUGUUGUUGGACGCUUCCUUACCCGGGUUCUGUGAAGUGGGGGGAUUCUUAGGGGAGACGUCACACGACACCGGAAGUAGAGAUGGCAGGGAACGGGAACAACCUACAGAAAGCUAUUGACCUCGCCAGCAAAGCCUCUCAGGAAGACAAAGCAAAGAACUACGAGGAGGCCCUUCGUUUAUAUCAGUGUGCUGUACAGUAUUUUUUGCAUGUGGUGAAAUAUGACGCUCAGGGUGACAAAGCAAAGCAGAGUAUUCGAGCAAAGUGUAUAGAGUACCUUGACAGAGCAGAACAGCUUAAAGAAUAUUUAAAGAAAAAGGAGAAAACCCCAGCAAAACCUGUAAAGGAAGGAGCCCCUCGAGCUGCCGAAGAUAAAGGAAAUGAAAGUGAUGAUGGGGAGUCAGAAGACCCAGAAAAAAAGAAGAUGCAAAGCCAGCUUCAAGGUGCCAUUGUCAUGGAAAAACCAAAUGUAAAAUGGAGUGAUGUUGCUGGCCUGGAAGGGGCCAAAGAGGCACUGAAAGAAGCUGUGAUUUUACCAAUUAAAUUUCCUCAUCUCUUUACAGGUAAAAGAACCCCCUGGCGAGGGAUCCUACUUUUUGGACCUCCAGGAACAGGGAAGUCCUAUUUAGCCAAGGCUGUAGCUACAGAAGCAAACAACUCCACCUUCUUCUCUAUUUCGUCUUCAGACCUUGUGUCAAAGUGGCUGGGAGAAAGUGAAAAGUUGGUGAAGAAUUUAUUUCAGCUUGCCAGGGAACAUAAGCCCUCAAUCAUCUUUAUUGAUGAGAUUGAUUCACUGUGCGGGUCAAGAAGUGAGAAUGAAAGUGAGGCUGCUCGCAGAAUUAAAACGGAGUUCCUGGUACAAAUGCAAGGUGUUGGAGUUGACAAUGAAGGCAUCUUGGUUCUUGGAGCGACAAAUAUACCAUGGGUAUUAGACUCUGCAAUCCGGAGGCGAUUUGAAAAGCGAAUUUACAUUCCUCUUCCAGAAGCACACGCCCGAACAGAUAUGUUUAAACUUCAUCUUGGAACUACAGCUCACAACCUCACAGAUGCAGAUUUUCGAGACCUGGGGAAUAAAACAAAUGGUUACUCUGGUGCUGAUAUCAGCGUAAUUGUGCGAGACGCCUUAAUGCAGCCUGUCAGGAAAGUUCAGUCUGCAACGCACUUUAAAAAGGUACGAGCGAAAUCUCCUCUGAGUCCAAAUGAGAUCUGUGAUGAUAUGCUUACUCCCUGUUCUCCUGGAGAUCCGAAUGCCGUUGAAAUGACAUGGGUGGAUGUACCUGGAGAUAAGUUAUUGGAACCUAUCGUAGGCGCACCUGAUAUGCAUAGAUCAUUGGCUAGCACCAAGCCUACUGUGAACGAUCAGGAUCUGGAGAAAUUAAAGAAAUUCACAGAAGACUUUGGACAAGAAGGAUAAAUGGGCAUGCAAACAGAAACAAGGUCAUUUUUUGAAGCCUUUUUUUUCCUUAUAUUUUCUUGCAACAAUAUAUAUGGCAUACCAAAUAUUUGCCUGUAAAACUGAUUCUUCAAGUCGCGUGGACGUGAUUUUCAAUCCUACCAAUAACUUUCUGAGCUGUAUAAUAUACCAGAAUCUGCUGUAAAGUCUGUAUUAAAAAAAAAAAAAAAAAUCCUGUAAUGGCUUAGAGAUCAACAUAGACACUACUAUGCGUCAAGAAGAAGCCUGUGGGACCACUGAGCAAGCAUCCAAGGCCAUAUUAUUUGUACUAGUAUGUGUAAAAUGAUACAAGAACUUUAUUGCUUGACCAUGAGUUCAAAUUAUUAGCACUUCUAAAAUGUAUGUUCAUAAAGAAGAAAGUUUUGCUUUGAAAUAAAGUCAGGCAAUUCAUAAAUAUGUGCAAUCAGUCCUUUAGCCCACCACUGAAGGACACUAGGUAAAAUUAUUCAAUUAAAAACUAGUUUUAAUAAAAUAUUUCUAAAGCCUACAGGAUUAAUGUAACUUUUUCCCUUUUUUCAGUUUUCGUUUUCAGCAAAAGUAUAAGAUAAUACGGAUGUACACCUUUUUUAUGUGGUGGUGUGUUAUUAUUUUUAUUUUAUUUUUUCCUUCUUCAUUUUUUGUUUUGUUCUAGAAAAAUGUAACUGUUUAGAUUAUUAUGCAACAUAUUCUGUAUAUAUCUAUUUUUUUACAUUUCCAGGUGCAUAGAUUUGUCAAUCGCAUGCCAAAUUAUUACAGCAGGACUAAAAGGAAUUUAUUGCAAGCAUGUACUUUAUCUUCCAAGUCCAAAUUUCAGACUUUAAUAACAAAACAGUCGCAAUCCUGUUACAGCCCAGAGGAUUCUAAUGUCCUGGGAACAAAAAUUUCCCUUUCUUCACAGAUGCCUUGGUUAAAUGAGAGCAAAAAUACAUACUGUAUAUCUGUGACCUCGGAGUAUAGCUGAAUGUAUUUUGCUACAACCUUUACAGGUUUGACCCAAGUAGUGCCUUGUAAGGUAGGCUGUUUAGAUUUAGUUUUUGUUUAGAAGUCAGUACAAUCCAUGGGGCUAGAUUGUUUUAGCCAUAUGUAUGUAGUAAUUCCAUCAAGCUCGCUGUUUAUGGAUUUUUCCAUUUCUGCAGUUAUUCCUAAUGACAUUCUUGUCAAUGGUUUGGUUUUGGGCUUAUGUACUGUAUGUGUGAAAUCAUAGAACUGUUAAAUCAUCUGUUUACUUCAAUAAACUUCUAUUCACUACAAGUAAAA